AUGGUGAGAACUCUGCUGGGCAGACAGGGCUCUUCCUGUCGGCACUGCUGGGCCACAGUUCUGCCGUGCGGCUCCUACUGACCUUUGGUGCUAACCCCAACCAGUGACCGCUGCCUAGACAGCAGCACACCCAUGCAUGCAGGUGCCUUCUCUGGCCGAAGCUUGGUGUUAUGGUACCUGCUGCAGGCUGGGGGUGACCUGCGUUUGCAUGACCAGCAGGGCCGCACGCCACAAGACUGGGCUGAACAGGGUGGUGGCAAGCUGAGCUGGGAGGUGAUGGAGCUGCUGCAGUGGUGCCGCACCCAUAUGUCAGCACUGGUGCAGAGCGGGGAGUUGGCGCCUACUGCAUCCCUGGGUCAGUUGCAAGCUAGCUCUGGACAUAGCCUUUGUGGCUCCCUGUCCUCCCCAAGGUUGGCACAGGCAGACAGGGCUCUGAGGCAAGGGCAAAUCAGGAGACCCCUCCAAACCCCAGCUUUGGGAUAUGGCCAGCUUAGCAGCCUGCAGCCUCCAGCACUGGUAAUGGGCAUCCCGUUGGUAGACCCCAAGGAGCUGCUGCCAGCCCAGGGCGAUACUGACCGCACCUAUAAGAGCAGCUCCCACACCCUCAUGGCCAACCUCCUGUGGAAGGGCCACACCGUUACUGUACGGCAGUUGAAUCCCCCUGAAGCCCACCCUGACGUGCUGUUGGCAGACCUUCAGCACUGCAGGUAUAAGUCCCAGCCUCUGCUACCAGCACCAGCUGCCCUGACUCCAGCAGUUCAUAACCAGGGACACACUGCACCACCCUGGCCUGCUGCUGCUGAUGGCGCUGAGCCUCUCGGAGGACCUAUCUGGCCUGAGCCUGCUCUUUGAGCCAGUGUGGCUGGGCUCCCUGCAUGUCCUGCUGUAUUGGAGGCCCUGCUGUUCCUGCAGGCCCGCUGCUGGGCCCAUGGCGGCCUCAGCUCCCAUGCUGUGCAACUAGUGAGGCCAGGGCUGGCUAAAGUGAGCCACCUGGAACACGGGCGCCUACUGCACCAGCCCAGGCUGCAGCCCAGGCUACCACAGGACCACCCUCAGGGGAGCCCAAGUCCAGGGCUGCCCCCACCCCCUGAACUAUAUCCAUGGCUGCCGCUUGAGCUGAUCCGUAGUGACGUGCCCAGUGCUACCUCAGACUUCUACAGCUUCUGCAUGCUAGCCCAGGAGGUCUUCACUGGAGAGCUGCCCUGGGCUGGGGGAGAGGGGCCUGAGGUGAAGGCUAAGCUGGAAGCAGGUGAGAGCCCAGCCCUGGACCCCUUGCUGCCAGCCCCCUACCAGGCCGUGGUUCAGUCUGGGCUGGGCCUAGAGCCUGCUGACCGCUGGGGCAGCUUGCAGAGCACUCGGUACCUAUUGCGAGAGGCCAUGACUCAGGACUCAGUACUCAAGGUCAGCUCCCCAAAAGAGUGGACUACACUGUUCCCUGUACCCCCAGAGCAUUUGUAUGAGGUAGCUCCCAGAGCCAAGGACAGAUCCAAGCUUGUGCUCCCCAUCCCAGUCCCAUCCCAGACCCUGGAGACUCGUGAGGUCACAGGUUACAGUAAGGUCCAGCAGAAUGCAGCCUGGGACUCAGGCAGCAGCUUGACUCUAGUCAGCAGCCUCAGCCCCAGCCCCAGUCUUCAUCCUGGUUCCAGUCCUGGCCUGGGCCACAGCCACACUCUGACAACCAGGGUCAGCCAGCACUGCUGCCUGGAGCCCAGCUCAACAGAUCCAGCAUCCCUGCUGGAGACCCAGAGCUCUAAGGAGCAGUGGAGGCUUCCAUUCCCUGAGAACUGUCACCAGGGAGAGCCAUGA